CAAUGGAACCUACAGCAAACAAUAAAUCGACUCAAGAUAAACCUGAGCAUGAACGCGACGAGAGUUCUGCCUUCGAUGAGCAACUCUCUAAAGGAAGCAUCGCCCUUUCCAAAGGUGAUCUGGCAACGGCCGAGUUACACUAUGCAGCAGCACUUAAGUUGGUAUAUCAGGGCGAAAACGAGAAGGAAAUGAGAAUGUGCUUUGAGAACCUUGGCAACAUCUACUUAGAGUAUGGUAAAAUGAACAAAUGCGGAGAAAGUUUCGCAAAAGCAACAGCGUUAUACAACUCUGCGCUAUCAAGGCUCCAGAAUACUGAGACGAAACUUCGGACCCACUUAAUUUCAUGUAUUAAGGAAUCAGAGAGACAUUUUUUGUGUUCUGUUCUCGAUGAUUACUCACCAAUAGACUUUCCUAAUUAUGACAAUGACAUAAAACACAAAAUUUUGCUAGAGAAUAUCCGUGAUGAGUGCAAAGAAAUAAUUCGUCAAGUUGACAUUGAGUGCGACCCAGGGUUAAUGCCGCUAAACCCAGAAAAACGCACGGAACUAGAAGAAAAACGAACAAAGUUAAUAUCAACUCUUUUCCGAAAGAUAUCAGACAGAAUGGUGAACUUUAUUAAAAUGUUGAUUGAAGAAUGCAUAUCAGUUUUGGGCGACGCACCCUGUCGAUUCGCUGUGAUUGGACUUGGGUCUUUGGCUCGAAACGAAAUGACUCCUUAUUCUGAUUUGGAGUUCGCAAUUCUACCGGGAGAUUAUGCAAAAAUUGAGUCCAAUCUGGUGUAUUUCCGCAACAUUACGCGCUAUUUUCAUCUGAAAGUUAUCAACUUGGGCGAGACGAUUUUACCUUCUAUGUGUAUCACCUCGUUGAACGAUUUCUACUCUGGCGAUCCAAAGCGCGUGUGGUUUUUUGAUGACGGUCCGAAAGGAUUUUCGUUCGAUGGAGAUUUGCCCUGGGCUAGUAAGUGUCCUUUUGGUCGAAAGAAAACGCAAACAAAGGAAGCACUUGAGCUGAUUAAAACGCCCAAAGAGAUGGCCGCAGUACAAUGCAAUCAGGUAGCUAUCAAGGAAGGCUAUCACUUGGCCGACGUCUUGGCUACCCCGAUGUUGAUCAUGGGCGACGAAGAACUCAAGGAAAUGUACGACAGUGAAGUUAAAGAAAUGUUACAAGCACCAUCAGAUCACGAUAUGUGGACAAAUGGCUCUAAAAGAGGUUUCGAGUCCUUGAGCGAUACGUUCCAGAAAUUUAGCGUCCAUGUAGACUGGCAUGAAGCCGGCAAAGUGUUUAAUGUUAAGAAGGAGCUCUAUAGGUUUCCUAGUCUGGUUCUGAACAGCCUGACCUUUUAUUACAAUCUAGACGCACACAAUACUUGGGAUGUUGUGGAUGAAAUGCAGAGAAAGCAGCUAAUCACAGAAUCAGAAGCUCAUCAUUUAGGUUUUGUAUCAGCAGUCGCAUCAGAAUUACGUCUUCGAUCUUACCUUGAGAAAGAUGAACAGAGGGAACGAAUAACAGGAUUACCCUCGGGCAUGGUUGAUUUGGACACGGCAAAAUCGGUCGCGGAAAAGGCAGCCCCUGGCCAUCGAAACAGAGUUGAGAAAGCUAUUCAUAUUCAUAAUCCAGAUGUCAUCUUUCGCUUCUUUAUGACCGUUUUGCCUCUUCAAAAAGCUAUUGAAGAGUUCUUGCUCAAGAAAUCGCCUAAUGAAAGGAACAUAUUUUCUGGCCACAAUCUUUAUGAUUCCAGCCCCGAAACGAAGGCAACUAUUCAUAUUCGCCUUAUGGAGUUCGAGGAAGCACAAUCGUGUCUGGAGGGUAUUGUGUCCCAAUUAGAGGAUGAUCUGGGAAAGGAAGACAUCGUGGAAACUCCAGGCCUCUUUGAAACACUUUCCGUUCUUGGAAACGUCUGUUUAGAGUUGGGUGAAGUUGCAAAAGCUGUGGAAUACCUGGAUAAGGCAGCUCAAAUCCUGGAAGUGAAGUACAAGGGCUUCACGGCCAACAUGGAGUUUGCCAAGUCGUAUAGUGACCGGGGAAAUGCCUAUGACUCACUUGGAGAAUACGAGAAAUCCUUGUCAUGCUACCAACAAGAUUUAUCCAUAAAGACAGCAGUUUUUGGAGAGAACUCACCUGGUAUUGAAAUCUCUUUCAGUGGCAUUGCCCGCGCUUAUCAGAGAAUGAAAGAUCUCGAGCAAGCUAUCUAUUUUUACGAGAAAGCUCUGAAGGUUUUCCAAGAGAUAGAUAAAACACGGGUACCAUCACGCUAUUGUGUUAUUCUGAACAAUUUGCUGUCAGCGUAUGCUGAACACGGUGACAUCGAUAAAGCCCUGGAUACAUAUAACGAACUAUUCGAAAUAAUAACGACGCUGUUCGGGACCGGUGUGAUCCAUCCAUAUUUGGCAGCGUCUCUUACCAACCUGGCAAGCGCGCAUCAUGACUCGGAUGAUUACAAGCACGCAACGGCUCUUUACGAACAAUCGUUAUCUAUUUGUCAGCGGUUGUAUGGUAGAAAUGAAGUGCAUCCAGAAAUUGCCAGCCUUCUCUAUAACCUCGGAUGUUGUUACUCAGGUCUUUCUGAUCAUGACCAAGCUAUUAAAUAUUUCACAGAAGCGCUGGGAAUGCAGAAAUUGCUCUACGGGAAACAAAUCUCGCACCCACACAUAGCAACUACGCUUAGUGGUCUUGGAUCAGCGUUGCUCGAUAAAAAGAAUUACAUGGGUGCAUUGGAAGCAUACGACGAAGCUCUGCAAAUUCAACGAUUAAUCAACAAAGAUAACUUCGCGCACAGGGAUCUUUGCGCUCUUUUGAACAAUCUUGGCUUCGUUCACACAGAGUUGGGUCAUUUUGACAAGGCUGCGGAUUACUUGGAAGAAGCCCACAAACUUUGGAUAAAAAUUUGCGUUGAUGGCAAACCUCACGAAGAUUUUGCAAGCUGCUUGAACAACUUGGGAAAUGUUCACCGAAACCUGGGGCAGUAUAAAGAGGCGUAUGAAUUUUGUCGUAGAGGAUUGGAAAUGAGGAGGUCAUUAUACGAAGGUAAAUCUGGCCUGAAACAAGCCCCAUUAGCAAAGUCCUUUAUUGAUACAGGACAUUGCUGCGUAAGUCUUGGUGAUAGCGAAAACGCACUAUCAUACUUUCAACGUGGUCUAGUGAUGCGCAAGGAGAUCAACGUGGAUGUCGCUGAGGCAUACAACGAGGUUGCUGGAGGCUAUAGUCGUUUAGGACGUCCACUGGAAGCGAUCAAGUUUUAUAAAGAAGUCAUUCGUCUUGACGAAGAGAAAUUUGGAGUUGGAAAAGUUCCCGAUUAUCCUAUGAGCGCAAACCUGUGUAACUUAGGAAGCGAGUACAUCGCCACAGAAGAAUUUGGAAAAGCCGCUGAGAUGCUGGAAAAGGCGUUGGAAAUUAUGAAAAGAAUGAAUAAGAACAGUGUAUCUGUUGAUCUUGCUGCAACACUUCACAAUUUAGGAACAGUGUACCGAAAUCUAAAGCAAUCCGAGAAGGCAUUGUCGUACCUAGAAGAAGCUCUAGCUAUGAAAAAACAACUUUACGGCAAGGAUAGAGCGCAUUUAGAAACUGCAAAGACUUUAACCAACCUUGGGAAUCUUUGCAUUCAACUUGGUAGAUUACAGCAAGCGAUCGAUUAUUUCUCAGAAUCGCUGCGCAUGAAAUACGCAUUAUAUGGUCCAAAUGCAACCCAUCAAAGUAUCGCUGUUACCCUUGGUAAUAUCGGCAACGUUUACUAUCAGAUGGGUGAAUACGAAAGUGCCGUAGCGUACAUCAAGGAUGCCCUGCAGAAAUUUGGCGAUGCAGAAUCUUGUAAUCGGGAAGUCGCGAUCAACUUGUACAAUCUCGGUCAAGCUUACGAAGGUCUAGCUGAUUUGCAAGCUGCGUGCGGAUGCUAUGAAAAAUCUCUCAAAAUCAUGGUUCAAGUAUUCGGCGAGUCACAUCCGUUAGUAAAAACAGUGCUCCUACGUUUUGUACGAAUUCGUAGUUUUGCGCAAUUACAAGCACAAGCAUCGCAAGCUAGCAAUUCAGGAUAGCUUGAAGUAAAAUUAAUAAUCCUUUAUCAGCUGAUAGUUUUAGCACAUAUAGAAUUAAAGUUAUUCCGAAAAAUUAAAGUAAUUCCUACACUCCUGUUAUA